AUGGAGAAAUGGAACAACCAAAAUGGUGUGAGUAGAAGUCCAAACUGGGGAAGAGACUGGUAUCACGUGGUGAACAGGAGCACACGUGAUGGGGCACAGUUCCAUUCUCUAGGAGGUGCAGACCCUGAGAGCCUCCCGGCCCCGCGCCCCCUCCGACAUCUGGGCACCAGCCUGGGCGGAGUGGGCACGGGCAGAUCUCAGUGCUGCGCUGGCAGUGGGAUCGGAGAAUCACGACCCCUUCCCUGGUCGGCUGCCCAGCAGACCCAUCUUCUCGGCGCAGCGGGAAGCGCGCAGAGCCCCGAAGGAACGAGUACCCGCGCGCGGCGCCUCAGUUGCUGCCCUCCGAGAAAAGUCCGGCUCCCGGCUCUCCGGACCUGCCUGGUGUCCUGCCCUCCGGUGGGGCCGGCCGGCUGCGACGCCCGGGGCAUGGCUUCGGCGGGCAGCGGCAUGGAGGAGGUGCGCGUGUCGGUGCUGACCCCGCUGAAGCUGGUCGGGCUGGUGUGCAUCUUCCUGGCGCUGUGUCUGGACCUGGGGGCCGUGCUGAGUCCCGCCUGGGUCACGGCCGACCAUCAGUACUACCUGUCCCUGUGGGAGUCCUGCCGGAAACCCGCCAGCUUGGACAUCUGGCACUGCGAGUCCACGCUCAGCAGCGGUGAGGGCCCGGCGCUCCGCGACCCCUGCGUCCCGCCCCGCGUCCCGCUGCCUGGACAGCCACCGCCUAUUCCCUACACCUUGUGUCCCCCACCCUCGUCCGCCCCUCUCCAUCCUGGCCCUUCGCGGACCCUCGGGCUCGGGCCACCUCCCUGUUCUCCACCCCUCUCCUCUCCCCGGUCCUGGUCUCCAAACCCGGUGUGAUGUCCCACGCCCUCUCCUCCCGUGGCCAUUCCUCGGGCUCUGGAGUAACACGUC